ACGCGCCUUUUGAGGUAACGGCCCAAAGAGGUAGAAGCGCUUUUCCCGCCCGGCCGCGGGGCGUGGCUCUGCGCGCAGCUUGAUGACGACGUUUUGGCGGGUGGCGGAAUGGCGGCUUCCACCUCUGAGGCGGGCGACGCUAUGGGUCCCACAGUGGUUUGGUAAGAAGGCCAUUUUCAACUCUCCACUGGAGGCUGCUAUGGCGUUCCCUCACCUGCAGCAGCCCAGCUUUCUACUGGCUAGCCUGAAAGCUGACUCUAUAAAUAAGCCCUUUGCACAGCAGUGCCAAGACUUGAUUAAAGUCAUUGAGGACUUUCCAGCAAAGGAGCUGCACACCAUCUUCCCAUGGCUGGUAGAGAGCAUUUUCGGCAGCCUAGAUGGUGUCCUCGUUGGCUGGAACCUCAGCUGCUUACAGGGGCGUGUGAAUCCUGUGGAGUACAGCAUCGUGAUGGAAUUUCUUGACCCUGGUGGCCCAAUGAUGAAGUUGGUUUAUAAGCUUCAAGCUGAAGACUGUAAAUUUGACUUUCCUGUCUCCUACCUGCCUGGUCCUGUGAAGGCGUCCAUCCAGGAAUGCAUCCUCCCUGACAGUCCUCUGUACCACAACAAGGUCCAGUUCACCCCUACUGGGGGCCUUGGUCUGAACCUGGCCCUGAAUCCGUUCGAGUAUUACAUAUUCUUCUUUGCCUUGAGCCUCAUCACUCAGAAGCCACUCCCUGUGUCCCUCCACGUCCGUACUUCAGACUGUGCCUAUUUCAUCCUGGUGGACAGGUACCUGUCAUGGUUCCUGCCCACCGAAGGCAGUGUGCCCCCACCACUCUCCUCCAGCCCAGGGGGGACCAGCCCCUCACCACCUCCUAGGACACCAACCAUGCCCUUUGCUUCCUAUGGCCUCCACCACACUAGCCUCCUGAAGCGACACAUCUCUCAUCAGAGGUCUGUGAAUGCAGACCCCGCCUCCCACGAGAUCUGGAGGUCAGAAACUGCUCCAGCUAAUGCUUUUUUGCAGGUUUUUGUUGAAAUGUGGCUUCAUCACUAUUCCUUGGAGAUGUAUCAAAAAAUGCAGUCCCCUCACACCAAGGUAUCUUGUCUCAACUACCGACUCAGUGUCUCCAGCGCCCUCUACAGCCCUGCCCAACCCAGCCUCCAGGCCCUCCACGCCUACUAAGAGUCGUUCACGCCUACUGAGGAGCAUAUGUUGGUGGUGCGCCUGCUGCUGAAGCACCUGCACGCCUUUGCCAACAGCCUGAAGCCAGAGCACACCUCACCCUCCGCCCAUUCCCACGCCAGCAGCCCCCUGGAGGAGUUCAAACGGGCUGCUGUCCCGAGGUUCGUCCAGCAGAAACGCUACCUCUUCUUGGAGCAUUGCUUUGGCCACUGGCCCCUGGACGCAUCGUUCAGAGCUGUCCUGGAGAUGUGGCUGAGCUACCUGCAGCCGUGGCGGUACGCGCCUGACAAGCAGGCUUCAGGCAGCGACUCCCAGCCCCGGUGUGUGUCGGAGAAAUGGGCGCCCUUUGUCCAGGAGAACCUGCUGAUGUACACCAAGUUGUUUGUGGGCUUCCUGAACCGCGCACUCCGCACAGACCUGGUCAGCCCCAAGCACGUGCUCAUGGUGUUCCGAGUGGCCAAAGUCUUUGCCCAGCCCAACCUGGCUGAGAUGAUUCAGAAAGGUGAGCAGCUAUUCCUGGAGCCAGAGCUGGUCAUCCCCCACCGCCAGCACCGACUCUUCACGGCCCCCACAUUCACUGGGAGCUUCCUGUCACCCUGGCCACCAGCGGUCACUGAUGCCUCCUUCAAGGUGAAGAGCCACGUCUACAGCCUGGAGGGCCAGGACUGCAAGUACACCCCGAUGUUUGGGCCCGAGGUCCGCACCCUGGUCCUGCGCCUCGCUCAGCUCAUCACACAGGCCAAACACACAGCCAAGUCCAUCUCCGACCAGUGUGCGGAGAGCCCGGCUGGCCACUCCUUCCUCUCAUGGCUGGGCUUUAGCUCCAUGGACACCAACGGCUCCUACACAGCCAACGACCUGGACGAGAUGGGGCAAGACAGCGUCCGGAAGACAGAUGAAUACCUGGAGAAGGCCCUGGAGUACCUGCGCCAGAUAUUCCGGCUCAGCGAAGCGCAGCUUAGGCAGUUCACACUCGCCUUGGGCACCACCCAGGAUGAGAAUGGAAAAAAGCAACUCCCCGACUGCAUCGUGGGUGAGGACGGACUCAUCCUUACGCCCCUGGGGCGGUACCAGAUCAUCAGUGGGCUGCGAAGGUUUGAAAUUGAGUACCAGGGGGACCCGGAGCUGCAGCCCAUCUGGAGCUAUGAGAUCGCCAGCUUGGUCCGCACGCUCUUCAGGCUGUCGUCUGCCAUCAACCACAGAUUUGCAGGAUAGAUGGCGGCUCUGUGUUCCCGGGAUGACUUCCUCGGCAGCUUCUGUCGCUACCACCUCACAGAACCUGGGCUGGCCAGCAGGCACCUGCUGAGUCUUGUGGGGCGGAGGCAGGUGGCCGGCCACACCCGCGGCCCCAGGCUCAGCCUGCGCUUCCUGGGCAGUUACCGGACGCUGGUCUCGCUGCUGCUGGCCGCCUUCGUGGCCUCUCUGUUCUGCGUCGGGCCCCUCCCAUGCACGCUGCUGCUCACCCUGGGCUAUGUCCUCUACGCCUCUGCCAUGACACUGCUGACCGAGCGGGGGAAGCUGCACCAGCCCUGAAGGUGUCAGCU